UCCUCAGCGAAGACCUCGUACCGAUAACCGCGUCACGUACGCCACGCGGCCUCAGACCUCAGUAGUCCACGAAAUUGACCGAGGGAACCCGCGCAUGGAGCGGAGGCAGCCGCAGACCGCGCUGGCGCCGCGGCGGAAGGGCGCGCCGGCGGCGAGCCAGGAGUGGCUGGUGGUGCCGGCGGCGGGGGAGGAGAGCACGGGGGAGUUCGGGAGGCACCGGAUCAUGGAGAUAACGGGGCUCCCCGCGCGGGACCUCCGCAUGCUCGACCCGCAGAUCUCCUACCCGUCCACCAUCCUCGGCCGCGACCGCGCCAUCGUCGUCAACCUGGAGCACGUCAAGGCCAUCGUCACCGCCGCCGAGGUGCUCGUCCGCGACCCCGGCAACCCGCGCCUCCGCCCCUUCCUCCAAGAACUCCACGCCCGCCUCGCGCUCCCGGAUGCGUCUACCACUAAUCCGGCAACCGACGACAUAGACCUGGGUGGUGAUCAGGGGAACGUGCCAAUGCCUGGCAGCGCUAAGAUCCAGCCCUUCGAGUUCAAGGUGCUAGAGGUCUGCCUCGAACACACAUGCAAAUGCAUGGAAUCCGAGACGUUGGCCCUCGAGAAGGAGGCGUAUCCGGCCUUGGACAAGCUGACCUCCAAGGUUAGCACGCUCAACCUGGAGCACGUCAGGCAGAUCAAGAGCCGCCUGGUAGAGCUAACAGGCCGCGUGCAGAAGGUGAGGGAUGAUAUCGAGCAGUUGGUUGACGAUGACACGGAUAUGUCCGAGAUGUACCUGACGAGGAAGCUUGCGUUUCAAGGAGUCAAUGAGUCAUCGGUUAAAGUGGACUCCAACAAACAUGCAUCUCCUGACCAUGAGGAUGAGAAGGAGGAAGAAGACAGUGGCGAUGGCAUAGAGAGCUCCCACGGAAGUUCCGCUUUUGUUAAGCCUGAUGUAGAAGAGUUGGAAAUGCUUCUCGAAGCUUACUUCGUGCAGUUUGAUGGCACGCUGAACAAAUUAUGCCAUCUCCGCGACUAUGUGGACGACACUGAGGAUUACAUCAACAUGAUGCUGGACGAGAAGCAGAACCAGCUGCUGCAGAUGGGCGUGAUGCUCACGACGGCGACCGUGGUGAUCACCGCUGGCAUCGUGGUCGUGAGCCUGUUCGGCAUGAACAUCCACAUCGAGCUGACGUUAGAUCCGGAGACCCCCGAGAUGGCAAGGAUCAAAAACAGAAAGUUCUGGGAGACCACCUGGGCCACCGUUGCCGGCUGCGCCGCCAUAUACCUCCUGGCAAUCCAUGCAGGGAAGAAGAGCAAAUACUUGCAGUGAUGCUGCCUUGUUCUCUGUUCUGCGGUCCAGGGCCACGUUUUUGCCUCCGCGAAGGGAUUUGUUCUGUCCGGAAGACGCAGUAGCUUAUGCUUUUUUUUUAGCCGCAGCAGCUGAUGCUUGGUUUGGGUAGGAAUAACGAAUGACAGUCAUCUAAAGAUCCCUUAUUUAUCCUGUCGUAUCAAUUUACAACUACGUAGUUUUGUAAAAGAGGUCAACGACAGUUGUGGUCUCAAGUCUUCAGUGAAACCAACAGACGAUCCCAGGUCUGACAUUUCAACUUC